GCCGGCUCAAAAUGGCGGCGAGGGGCCCAGUCCUGCGCCCCUUGUGGUGGAGCUCGGACAAAGAAAGAGGGGAGGUGGUUGGCAGCACGGGGAGCUGGAGGUGCAUGGCAGUGCUCGACGAUGGCUUCUCAGAGGAAGGGAGCGUUAGGGGGAGAUUUGUAAGAGGACAAACAUGGCAGACAGGGUAAGUGUAGGGGGAGUGUGUUAGGUGGAGCCGUUGUGAAUGUUUUUUGACUAAAUAUUGCUGUUGCUGACGGACGUGUGGGUGUUGAGGGACAGGGGGCAUGGGGGACAACUCCCAUUUUUAACCCAAUAGUUAAAUUGCUAUCUAACUAAACUUCUGUGUGGGGACUGGUCUCUGUUCCUUCUCUCUGUACAUCUCCAUGGUGCAGAUGGCACCUGCAUGCUCUGGGACUCUGGUCAAAAAACAGACUUUCCCUCGCUCUUUUGUUUCAAAACUUCUCACUGUUAGGAGAAGACCCAACAAUUGUUUUGGGUCCAGGUGCUCUGGUGAAAUGCUUCAAACUUUCUCUCAGUGCCACACAAGGGGGUCAUUGGGCAGCUCUGAGAGGGACAGGAGCUGAUAUAGGAUGACAUGAAUGUGUACAUGAGGAGAAAGGUGAGGCUGUAUUUUUAUUUUAUACAGGUUAAGAUGGUGGUGCCGUCAGUCUGCAUGGAUGUGAGGAGAGGGUGUUGUUAAUUAUGGAUGGAAAAAGGAGGAGAUCCUCAAUGAGGUUAUUGUCAAGUUGAGAGAGCAAGUUGGAUCAAUGCUAUGAUCAUGAGUAUCAUAGCAUGAGAAGAGGAGAGUGAAGGUUUUGUCCAGGGAGGUUUGAGGGAUGAUUAUAUUUGAAAACAUAUACCCUGCUGACACCUUUUGUACCAUUACAAAGCUAGUGUAAGUACACCCAUGUUUUUGCUGGCACUGCUUACUUAAUUUUUCUGUGAUUUUCCUCAACUGUGUGUCCCUGAAGUGAGUCAUGUUUUACUAGAUGUUAGACAGCAAGGGUCUGUCAUAAACCGAGAGGCUUUCACUGGCUGGCCUUUCCCCUGUCCCUGUGGGCUGUGUGCCAGCAGCAAUUUUUCCAGCUCGGGUGGUGAGCAUCACUUGCACCUGGGGACAGCCUUCUGAGGAGGUGACAGUUAAUCAGCAGUCUGGCUCUGGCACAGCACUGUGUGCAAUUAAUUUUGUUUCUGGUUUCAUGGUAGAAGCGUUAUGCCAAGCUAAUUACAGAAGAUUGUUCCAUUGCUUUCUUUUGUAAACUUUCAUUUAUGGCAUUGCUAUUUUAUUCAAAGGGGAAAAACAAAACAAAAAAGCUUGAACAUCAUAGGCUGAGAAUACAAGAUAUUGAAAGUCAGACCUCAUACUUCUAGAGUGCAUAAUUCUUAGUAUCUGGUUAAACAGUUGUGAAACAAGGACAAGUUGGCUAUUUUCUCUGUUAGAAGCUGCAAGAAAUCUUAAUUACUGUAGGUUGUGUUUUUUUUGUGUAAUGACAAAUAAUAUGGCUUUGUGGGCCUCAGCUACAUUUUAUAGUUUUUCGAUGCUUUUAUUGAACAAAGACAAAACUUGUGAUACCAAAAAGCUAGCUAUUCAGACAUUUAUGUUUUUAAAUUUAAAUGCCUGUGGCUAUACAAACAUGCAUUUUUCCAUCAAGUAAUAGAAGAACUCAAAAGGGAGAACUACCAGUGCGUAUCUUAGAGAAUAAAUGCAUGUGGAUGUGAAGAGUCCAGAAAGCACCUAGAGUAUCCAGGCCAGUGCUCCUGCUAACAAGUUUUCUACAGCUGGAAGAUAUGACUCUACAUUGUGCUCACUUCUCAAAUUUCAAAGGUCUGCAUUGUCUUUGCUUAGCUCAAGAAGGUAGGGCAGCCACCAGCCUAUGUUUCGUAUAUGAUCACUGGAGACAGGCACUCUUGGGGGCUAGCUCUGCAUACCUUGCCUGUGUCCUGUAUGUGGCACAGGAGAGAUCUUAGAGCAGCUCAGUUCCGAACUGAGUACCUGAAGUCAGCUGAGAUGAAGCUGGGUGCCCACGUUCUGUAGACAGCUUUGCUCAGCGUUGGGAGCAGUUCUUACAAAAAUCCUGUGGUUGAACGGGAAUGAACAGGUCGAUUCUCAGAGCUGGUGUGUGCUGGUGGUGCCGGUGUAAGAAGAUGACUGUAAAUUUCCUGUGACACAGCCAAUGGAGGUAAUGGUUAUGUGGAAGGAUGCCAUGCAGGUAUGCAGCUUCUGUCUCUAGCUGGGAUAACGGAAGCGUUGCAUCUGGCUUACAAAGCUUUAUGAAGAUUUUUAGCAGCAUUGAAAUAAACCAAUGUGUGUAAAACUGGAGGCACCUGCCAGUACCCAGGCUCAGUGCCACAUUUGAAGAAAAAUAGAGUUUGUUGUUAUUCAGAGUCACUAUUUCAUUUUUAGAGCAAAUCAAGGGCCACAUUCUCGGCUGGUAUAAACCAGCUUCUUUAACUUCAGUCAAACUGUGUCUGUUUACACCAGCAGAGAAUCUCUCAAGUGCAAAAGCUGCUCUUUAGCACCGAAUAGCAGCAAUAUAAUCUGGCAAGCAGCCAGUUUGAACAGCUGCCAAUGUACUUCAGAUCCAAAGAUGAUUCCGUGAACCCCAGCUCUUCCCUCCCUCUUUAGACUUUUAUUGAAAACAGGACUUAUUCCCUAGUCUCUCAAGUCAUACUUCUUACAGCCCAAGUUGAACACACUACCCACUUUCUCCAGGCAUCUGAGUUUCGCUCUGCAACAGUAAAGCCUUUUUUCACAACUCUAAUCAGCAACAAAAGCUCUUAUUUCCAACUGGAGUUCAGACAACUGCAAUGCUGGUCCUGCUGCUUGCAUUCAAGUCAAGAAGUCUCAUGUUUCAUAUUAGCUAAUGCAAAAUGCCGCACAGUUUUUAAAUGCAUCUGCUCCAGGCAGGGUUUGUUAAGUAUCAAUGCACUAGAGCUAUUCUGGCUUCAGUGAAUUGUGUAAGUUUUACUAUAAAGCCCCUAAAAGAAGGCUGAGGCAGGAGUUUUGAGCAGUGUGCACACAAGUGUAUGAAUAAUGUGUUAAUUAGUCCCACAGAUAUUCUAUGGCAAAGCCACGGUCUGCCUGGUGCUGUGGAGUCUUGGGUAGUUCUGGAUGUGGCUGCAGCACACAGGAUGACACUCGAGGUCUCCUCAGUUGUUGGGUGGUGGUGGGCUCCCCCAGGCCAGCCGCAUGGUGCCAGGCUCCCCAGGUUGUCUUUCUGGGGCAAGCUGUGCAUGUGCCACCAUCAGACACUGAGGGGAGCACCAACGAUGUGCAGGUGGCCAGGCUGCCCGCGCCUCAGCACUGCCACUUGUGAUCUCGCCGGGCUGAGCGGUGCCCGGGCUGCGGGCAGUGCCGCUCCCCAUGGGCAAAGUGGUCCCUAGGCUCUGCUGUGUGUGUGCCUCUUCUCAAAGCAAUGUUGUGGUUUGGCUUCUAAGGAAAACGCUAGCGUUAGUCACACGUGAUUCAGCUGUAACUAUCCGACCCAUUAUGAGCCCUGUUUGCAGAGCCUGCUUCCAGAUGUUUUUAACUGGCAACAACUUUAAAGCACAUCCACACCAGCUGAGGCUGAGCUAGCCAGCAGUGCAUGGGGUUAAGUCCUCUUACCAGUGAGGCUUAAAACCUGUUUCAUUCAUCCACCUUUUCAGGAAGGUUUCUUUCUUUUUUUUGCUUGAUUCCUUAAGCUCCUUGCCCUUCCUGCAACAUGUGUGCAUCUGUUCACACCUCUGAACAUGCUUUUUGGACAAGCAAAUAUAUCUUCAGCUUGACGCCUUUUUCCUUUGUCUUCUGGAAGUAAAGUGAGUUUAUAAGCUAGGUGAUUUCACAGGAGACAAAGAAGUAGCAUGUGGUGAAGUCAACCACUAUGUGGCACGAGCUCUUUAGUAUUAAAGAAAUAUUUCCAAAAAACAGUCUGCAAACAACACAUAGGCUACAGCUUUGUUCAGGACUCAUCAAGUGCCUUGGAAUAGCAAUCAAAAUGGUAAAAUCACACAGGGUUCUCAGACGAGGGAAAUGGGCAGGAAAAAAAAAUCAGUACGGGCUAAAUACGUUGGUUGUGUUGAACUCUGGGUAAGAUUUUAAAUUUGUAGACAGAAAAUACUGUCCAGUUCUAUAAAUACAGACAUGUGAAGCUAUGAAUACAGACAUACGAAGCUGUUGCACAGUGCUAAAAACAUUUCUAAAGGAAAUAAAAUAGUUCUUUUAUCAGUCAUCAAAUUUAAGGGAAUCAUACACUCUUUGUGUAUCGUGGGCUGCGCUUUCAACACACUCUGUGUUUCAUUGUCCAGGACUAGGUCACUGCAGGGAUAUUCUGUGAACUUCUCAUCUUCAGGGAGCAGCUGCCAUGGAUGGACCCCAUGCGUAACCCAGGUAAAAGGUUCGUGUGAUCUGUGGGUCAAACAGGGACCUGGCCAAGUCUUUCAUGAGAAAUUUCUCAUCUUCCCCAGAACUUUGCUUUAUCUUCCUCAGGAAUCCUAGUGAUAAAACUAAGCCUGUUUUGAAUUGCUUUAUUGAAUUGCAUCGCACAGCUUUAUGCCUCUGUCUGUGAAUUCAGACACGUACUGUCAUCUAGUUGUAGAAGAGUCGCACCUUUGUUUUAUUCUCCUAAAGGAGCUUUGUAACUCCAUGUGGAUAUCACUGUGAUAGCAGAAGCACACCAAUGGAAGGGUUGUCUGGUUUACAACAAAAUGCGUCUUGCUCUUUUUUCUUGAGAAAGUGUGUUUGACCAAAGCUAGCAUGUAAGUCUUGUAAAAACAUUAGGAUUUCCUCUCCGUAACAUAGUAAUACAAACUUUUAACUGAUGAUGAUUAAGAAGAAAACAUUCUCUGUGGCAGUGGUUUUUCUUUGACAUUCCGCUCAGGCAAGUGUGAGUGGGCAAAUGCCAGAGAGCUGAAGUUGUGUUGCCUACUAGUGUGUCAGUACUGACUGAUAUUGCAGGUUUGUUUCCCAAGCAACACACGUGGGUUUUUGCAUAUAAAUUGUCUGAGCUCCAGUGGGAAUUUCCCAUGUAAAUCUCUCUCCUGUAGAUCAGCCGAACUCUUUCCUCUUGAUGUCUGUGUAUCUUCCUCCUCACAGUUUGAGUUCAUUUUGAAAUAAAAGCUGCUCAUGCAUAUUUCCUUUCUUUUUGAAUCCUCACACUGACGAAUAAGUCUUAGUAGCUUGUCUCUUGUUAGCUUUUGCUAUUUCUGCGUAUUCCAGGUACUGCGAUACAGUGGAAAUACCUUUAUGACAAGUUGUAAAUUGGAUGCAGAAAAUUUGUGUUUAGGCCACCUUGCCUGCAGGUCUGAGACAUCUGGAGGACUCGCAGAUGUGAUAGCAGAGAAUUAGUGCUGAUUUGAGAGGUACAGCUCCUGAGUCUUACCUGACUAGACACAGGAAACUUGGAGCAGAUCCUGAUAAGUCUAAAUCCAGGGCCUUGGGGGCUUUUUAUUACAUUCCUUGAGAUUCAUACAAUCUACUCUAAGGUCUUUUGGCACAAAUCUGCUCUGUUUCAUUUAGGCAACUGCUCUGAAGAAUGGUGUCCCAGGAACGACAUCCUUUUACUUACCAUGGAGCACUACAACCACUCUGCAGGGCGCAGGGCAGUGGUGAACCCAGCCAUAGGUGCCAAGCAAAUCUAGCUGCGUUCCCAGCUCUGCCAGCAACCUCACUGAGCCAUUUUGCUUUCUGUGCCUCGCUUUUCUUUCACGUGGGGCUUUCGCAUCCACUUCAGUACAUUAAAGAUAGUGCACAUCUGACAGCCACGUUCUGAGUUCUAUUGUACUUUAACUUCUUCAGCCAUCUGCAGUAAAUUGUUAAAGAUUAAAAACACGUUGCUCUAGGUGUUUUCCUACUUCGCUUGCUGAAAGGCACAUUUUGACAGAUGCAAAAAAUUCUAGUCCUCCAGUAUAUAUUUAAAGCAUUACAUCAAGAAAGUUUCCCUACAUUUUUGAAGUAUGGAGUCCUUGUUCCUACAGUUAUUUUCCCUAUGCUAUCUGCAAAAGUAAAACAGUGAAAUAUUCCAUACUGUUUCCUACUGCAAGUAACACAUAAAUUAGAGAUAAAUGAGGCAAUUUUAUCACUAACAACAGGUACGUCAAUGAAGAAGUAGAACUUGGGAGCUGUUAUUUUAUGAGCACAAUCCCUUUAUUGACAUUACUUAUUUUCUGUUUCUAAACACUGUCCACUUGUAAACACGUAAGCUACAUUGAAGGACAGUACCUAGGAUAUGAGAGGCUCUUCCUUCUGUUUUCUGCUCCCAGUGAGCAUCUGGUGUAUUUACAGCACAGAGCAUCUGUCACAACAUGCAUAACUUGUGGAAGAGCGAAUCUGCACAAGUAUUGAAUGUCAGGCUGUAAAGUAAGCACUCCCAGGAAUGAGAGGCAUCACAAAGGGGUUCAUGUGGUGAGGAAACAUUGUUGUCCAGGGCAAACCUAAAACAACUGUGUUUUGUUGACUCCGUAUUUCAAAACUAAUUGCGUGUUCUGAGAUCCCUUUGACUGAGAGAUGAAUGCCAUGCCCUGUAUCAUUUAACACCACUUUUCACUCUUGUGUAGAAGAAUGUUCUGUAGAUGAUGGACAUUGGAAAUAUUCCAGCAUAAUCAAGUGUGUUUGUUGGUGAAGGGACUUAGUCUAAUGGUCGUUGUGGAUGAUUAAAGGAUAUUGAAGUACACUGGAGCUAGUUUAUUACACACCGAGGGUAGUUUGUUUCAAAAUUACUCAUGCUGAAAGGAUGAAUGCUGCGUGAUGUCCAGAUGAAUCACACCACCCCAUGAGACAAUCAGGACAAAGUACCCUUCUAUUUUCAGACCUGCGUGCCUGCAGCCAAGCCUCUCAGGUGGCUGAGGGUCAGAACUGCGCUUCCCAGCUCCCAGCCUGAGGUUGACCACCAGGUUGGGAUCUGGGAUACCUCGGUCUGACCCUAAUCUCUGUCUGCAGCAUAAUUUGGAUAAGUGGUUUCCCUUUUCCACACCACUGUUUACUUUCCUCAACCUUUGUCUGCAGAAAGCCUGAACAUAGGGCAGCAAAAUCCCUUCCGUUUGUGGGGCUUGGCACCAUGGGACUCUUGCCUUUCGAGGAACCAGGGGUACCGACCUUGGGGUUUGUCAGCCCCUGGCCCUGCUGUGGCAGGCUGGAGCCUUGUUCCUGGGUGGGAUACCUGUGCUGGACAUGGCAGCUCUACACUGAGGGUGCUUUUGGCAUUUGGGGCCAGGCAGGUGGAGAGGGGCUUCAGAAGGAAGGGUGAGGCUGUAGCGCUUCCCCUGCCACGCAGCCACGCGUGCCGGCACGUGGCCCCACGCACAGGGCGCAGCCGUGGGGUGCACGGCACAGCUCGGGGUGGGCAGGGUUGUCCCGGGUGCCUUUCUCCAUCUGUGGUCAGACUUAGGGCGCUCUCUUCUCCAUUUUGAAUUGUUCCCACUGUGUAUUCCGCUCAGCCUAGAAAGCAAGCACAUUCAAAUAAAUGAGUAACUAAUAGCAAAAAAGCACUGGGCAGAAGUUUUACUCCGUGCGUGUGCUUCAUCCAUGAUGACUUCUGUGAAACUAGGGUGAGAAACUGGGAGAAAUGGCAAGGGGCAACUCAAACUGUUUUGGAGAUUUCUUGGACUACAAUGUUAAACACAGAUUGUUUUGGGGGAAAUUUAUUUUGUGUGAUCUGAUCAGUGCGUGCUGGAUGUUUUACAGGGGUGACUCACCCGCUGCUUGGGCGCAGAGGGGUGAAAGAAACAAGAGAUGUUGGCUGCAUCAUUGCAGAAGGCUUUGAGUUUUCUUUAGUAACCUCUCUGAGGGAUUCCUGUCUUAACUUUUCAGAGAAAUCUGCUCAUCCUAUUCUCAGCCUAACGAUGACUUCACUUGCAAAGGAAGACAUUUUCCCAUCUGUGCAGCCAGAUUGAAAUAAGGGUUACAAGGGAGAUGAGUAAACACCAAAGGAAGGAGAGGUGGAGGGCAAUAGAAAGAUGAACUAAAAUCGGUGUCUAAUACAUGGCAAUUUAUGGAUGUUUAGAGUUGUAUAAAUACUUUCUUACAGCGUAGUCAUCCUGGUAUGAUCCUAACAGAAAUCCAUUCAGUCAGUUUAAUCAAUAGGUACAGGAGUAUGUCUCAUGUUUGUUUUUUCCUCCAAAGUUAACCCUUUUGCACUGAGUACACACUAACAUCCAUGGUUUUACUCGUGUAUCUGCUUACACAGGACAUUAUAUUCAGAAAUCUUACUUUAAUUUUUGUUCAUGGAUGUAAGAAUUUAUUUUGCACAAAAAUCCACUGUGUGUGACAAGCUGCACCUGGAGAAAGGACUCCCUCCAGAAGGGAGGCCACCCUGCUUCAUUGAGCAGUGCUUUUGGUGAAACAGGAUUACAUACAGUUAUUUCAAUGCUUCUCCUUCCUCACCAGGUCAGCACACUGAAUUGUUUUGACCUUUCAGCACCAAAAAACAUGUUUUAUUUUUAAAUUACUUAAUGUCGGUUUCUCCUAGGUGCCUGCCAUUGCCCUUUCAGCUAGCAGAACUGAGCACAACUUAUUUCCCCAGCUGAGCUGCAGGAUUCAUCACAUGAGCACCACGGGGCCAACUGCCUGGCACCUGCACCCCAGGAGCCGGCCAAUGCUGCGCAGGUGUGCCCUGGGCUGGGGGCUGGUGCAGUGCGAGCAGCAGGGAGCGACUGACCCUGGUGUUAGAGACUGCUCUGAGCUUGGCCAGCAAAGGACUUCCCUGGACAGAGGCACAAAUGCAGCAGUGAAGACAGAUGAGACAAUAACAAUGCUGAGAGUUUUGCCAAACUUAAAGCACUACUACUGGAAUUUACUUCACUCAUCAAACAGGUUGGAUCGAAAGGAUGAGAAGCCAAAUGACAAGCCAGGCCUAAGCUGAGUGUUGCUUAAGGCUGACAAGCAAUUUGCAAAGCCAACCUCUGGGAGCUCUCCAAGAAAGGAUGAAAACAUUGCCGUGUGAUUGCAUCCACUGCUGCCAGAAUCUGCAGGAGGGAUAAAGCACCAGAAGGUUAUACAACAACACAGGAGUAACACUAAUGAUGUAAAUGAUAAAUCUCCAGCAUCUGUUCAUUUUGGCAUAGUCUCUGGAAAAGAAAUGCUCCAACUAAGUGUAGGAGAAGGAGAGAAGAUAAAUUUUCAGCAUGCAAGUCUAAAAAUGGUUUCAUUGUUUAUGUCUCCUGACCAAGAUAAGUAUAAAAGAGGAACAGGGAUUUGUCAGCAACCUGAUGCAAAUUUUUCACAGAGUAAAAUCUUAAUUAAUUUUCCAGAAAAUGGUGAUGAUGAGAGUGUCCAUUCAACAUUAAGAAAAAGCUUAUUUAAACUGUCUGAUUGUAUGUAUAAAAAUACAGAAUUUAAAGAUAGUUCAGUGGAUAUGAAACAAGUUGAUACUUACCGUAAUACAAGUGAAAACAUGACAGAAGUGAGAAAAGAAGAUGUGUGGAGAAUAAAUCAUCAUACUCCCAUAACUACAGGCUCAGAUUUUACCCUACAAAGGGUAAAUGAUGGAACAUUGCAUCUAAAAUUGGAUUUCAAAUAAAAUCACUUCCUAGUGCUUCAGGAUUCUGGAUAUGACAGGAACUACAGGAAGAAAUUUGGAAAUGUUGAGGGCUGUUACAGAAAUACCGACCCAAUUUAGAAGUAUUUUUAAGGAGUUUCCAUAUUUUAACUAUGCACAGUCUAAAGCUUUGGAUGAUCUUCUUUACACAGAUAGAAAUUUUGUGAUUUGUGCUCCAACUGGCUCUGGAAAAACUGUAAUGUUUGAACUAGCUAUUACCAGAUUACUUAUGGAAGCCCCAAUGCCUUGGUUAAAUAUUAAAAUUGUUUACAUGGCUCCAAUAAAAGCUCUAUGCAGUCAGCGUUUUGAUGACUGGAAAGAAAAAUUUGGACCUAUAGGACUCAACUGUAAGGAACUGACAGGAGAUACAGUGAUGGAUGAUUUAUUUGAAAUACAUCGCGCUCACAUUAUUAUCACUACACCUGAAAAAUGGGAUAGCAUGACUAGAAGGUGGAGAGACAACUCUAUAGUUCAGCUUGUACGACUGUUUCUCAUUGAUGAGGUGCAUGUUAUAAAGGAUGAAAGCCGUGGUGCAACAUUAGAAGUUGUAGUCAGUCGGAUGAGGACUAUUCAGUCUUCUCUUUGGCGUCUUUCAGAGAAUCAUGACGUUGUUUCUCCCUUGAGAUUUGUAGCUGUGUCAGCAACAAUCCCAAAUGCUGAAGAUAUUGCAGAAUGGCUUUCAGAUGGUAAGAUGCCUGCUCUAUGUCUGAAAAUAGAUGAGGAUCAGCGACCAGUGAAGCUACGCAAAAUUGUUCUUGGUUUUCCUUGCAGUGAUAAUCAGACAGAAUUCAAAUUUGACUUAACUCUUAACUACAAGAUAGCGAGUGUUAUACAAAAAUACUCUGAACAAAAACCAGCACUUGUGUUUUGUGCCACAAGAAAAGGAGUACAGCAGGCCGCUUCUGUUCUUUCAAAAGAUGCCAAAUUUCUAUUAAGUAUAGAACAGAAACAAAGAUUACAGAGGUCUGCAAAUUCAUUGAAAGAUUCUAAGCUCAGAGAUCUUUUAAUGUAUGGUGUGGCUUAUCAUCAUGCGGGUAUGGAGGUGUGUGACAGAAAAAUAAUUGAAGGAGCUUUUACUGUAGGAGAUUUACCAGUACUUUUUACUACUAGCACCUUAGCUAUGGGAGUCAAUCUACCUGCACACCUGGUGGUUAUAAAAUCCACAAUGCACUAUGUUGGAGGGAUGUUUGAAGAGUACAGUGAAACUGAUAUUCUGCAAAUGAUUGGGAGAGCAGGAAGACCUCAAUUUGACACUACAGCAACAGCAGUCAUUAUGACUCGUUGGAGUACAAGGGAGAAGUAUAUACAGAUGUUAAAUGGUGCAGAUAUAAUAGAGAGCAGCUUGCACAGGCAUCUUGUCGAGCACUUAAAUGCAGAAAUAGUGCUGCAUACUGUCACAGAUGUCACUGUAGCUUUGGAAUGGAUGCGAUCAACCUUCUUGUACAUUAGAGCUUUAAAAAAUCCAACUCAUUACGGUUUUUCAUCUGGAUUGGAUAAAACAGGAAUUGAAGCAAAAUUACAGGAACUGUGUUUGAAGAACUUGAACAAUUUGUCUUCUUUCAAUUUGGUCAGGAUGGAUAAAGAAAAUAAUUUCAAACCAACAGAGACUGGAAGAUUAAUGGCAUGGUAUUAUAUUGCAUUUGAAACAGUGAAACAGUUUUUCACAAUUAAGGGAACAGAGACUUUAAAUGAAUUGGUUACAAUAGUCUCCAACUGCGCAGAAUUUCUGGAUGUCAAGUUAAGAAUAAAUGAAAAGAAAAUACUGAACACUUUGAAUAAAGACAAGAACAAAAUAACCAUCAGGUUUCCAUUGGAGGGGAAGAUUAAAACAAGAGAAAUGAAAAUAAACUGUCUUAUUCAGGCUCAGCUAGGAUGCAUUCCUGUUCAAGACUUUACUUUGACACAAGAUACUGGCAAAAUAUUUAGAAAUGGCAUAAGAAUUACUAGAUGGUUGUCUGACUUUCUGGCAUCAAGUAAAACCAACUUUUCUGCAUUAUUAAACUCCGUGAUUUUAGCUAAGUGUUUCAGGUGUAAACUUUGGGAAAAUUCACUUCAUGUGUCUAAACAAUUGGAAAAAAUUGGUGUAUCAUUGUCAAAUGCUAUGGUAAAUGCUGGUCUGACAUCGUUUAAAAAAAUAGAAGAGACAAAUGCAAGGGAACUUGAAUUGAUUUUAAACAGACAUCCUCCUUUUGGAAACCAGAUAAAAGAAUCUGUUUUGCAUCUUCCAAAAUAUGAACUUGACAUUGAACAGCUUCCAAAAUACAGUGAUACACUGGCUGAAAUCUUAGUAACCAUCAAAUUAACAAACUUUGAGCAGCUGCAGACAAAGAGAACAGCGCCAGAUUUUCACUAUGUUACAUUAAUCAUAGGAGAUGCUGACAAUCAAGUAAUUUUUAUUCAGAAAAUAAUGGAUUCAGUGUUGCUAAAAACUGGAAAUUGGAUGAAGAAAAUUGAAGUGAGAAGAGCUCUUAAAUCAGAGGACAUUAGUAUAAAUUUAAUUAGUUCUGAUUAUGUUGGCCUUGACAUACAGCAAGCAUUUACAGCCUUUUACUUAAUACCAAGAACAGUUGGAGGUAAAGUUGUUACAAAUAAAAAACUGAAAGCUGAGUCUCCACUUGAUAUGUAUUACGGCUCACCGCAAAGUCCGCCAGCAGCAGAAGUAGAUACAGGAAGCAGAUCUAAAGAAGAGCAUACCUACAAGAAAUACGGGAACAGAGAGUGCAACCAUCGCUGUAAAAAUAAAGAUGUAUGUGGACAUGACUGCUGUAAAACUGGAGUACCUCCUAAGUCUGAGAUGAAUGGAGAUUCUAAGUUUACUUUGUACUUAGCUGAUUUAAGGAGCAGGAACUCGAUUUCAUCUGUACCCCCAGUAAAGCGGUUAAAGAUGCAGAUGUUAAAUCAAGCUCAGAAUGUGGAUCUCAAACAAUUUGGUUUUGUACCCAAAUCCUUGAUGCCAGCAUUGUCAAGGUCUGGCAAUAAACAGUUGUCUUCAUCACCUUCAGUGGACCAGGUAGAUAAUGUUAAUAGCCUAGGAAUAUCUCAGAAACAACUGCAAUCCUGGAAUUAUGGAAAGAGUAGUGCUUCAGAUGUGGACUCUGAACUGAGAGAUGACAUUUGGAAUGAUCUUGAUGACGAAAUAUUAGUAUAUGCUAGUGACUUUUCCAGUGGAGAAUUGGACCAUGGAAAUACCUGCCUUCACAUUCCAGAUGAGCAUGAAACACCUUGCAAGUAUACAACAAGCAAAGCUACAAGUGACAUUUCAAAAGUUUCUUGCACAUUACAAGGUGAGACCAGUAUUCAGAACCCAUUUUUUGCUGUGCUUAAUAGCUCAUCAAAAGUGGAAUUACCUGUACAGAGUGGAUAUAUAAAUAUGGUCAGUUUUCAAGAAGAAAAGCAUUCAAAUCCUUCACAAGAGCUGAAAAAUAUACAGUGUUCUUCAAUCUCAAAAACAAUCUCAGACUCUUUUAAAUUCACUAGGAAAGAAGAUUUUUUUUUCACAAAAGAACAGGAAGAAGAAAUAGAGCCCAGAUAUCUUCUGGAUGAUGAAAUCAGUGAUGUCAAGCCUUUACUUGGACUAUUUGAUGACAUACUGUAAAACAUAAAAUAUGUUUUUCCUUUCUGCUAAAACAGAGGACAGCAGACUUAGUGUUCCUCAUCUUCCAAAUCAAGCAUCUUUUGACAGACAAGCUGCUGAGGAGUGGUUUGGCUACCUAGAUACAGGUGCCAAGUUUCAUUUUUGAUGCCUUAGAGAAUUUUCCUUCAGCUGUAUCUGAAGAGCACAGAUCUCCCACCUUAAGAUGUUCCAGGUACUCUGUGGUGUCUAAAAUGGCACUUCAUGCCUGUGUUUAAGAACCCAACACUCCUUGCUGCCUGAAAUGAAGUUGGUUGGUUUGUUUUCCCCACAAAUUUAUAGUUCCUAUUAUGUAGCAUUCUUUAAUUGCCCUUGUAUCCUGCUGUUCUGUGGGGUGUUACCUUGCAACAACUAA